CCCGCAUUGUCAGAGGAGGACAAGACGCACAUAUCUUUGCGAAAUAGGUCCACUGGGAAAAGAUCUAGUAAUAUUACAUUUAACUGACCAUGGCAAACAGAGGACCCAGUUAUGGACUGAGCCGUGAGGUGCAGGAGAAGAUAGAUCAAAAGUAUGACCCAGAGUUGGAGUCUCGGCUGGUAGACUGGAUCAUCACACAGUGUGGAGGAAACAUAGAGAGACCACAGCCAGGGAAACAAAACUUUCAAAACUGGCUCAUGGAUGGCACUAUUCUCUGUAGACUCAUUAAUAGUUUGUAUCCGCGUGGUAAGGAGCCUAUUAACAAGAUCCCAGAGACUCAGAUGGCCUUUAAGCAGAUGGAAAAGAUCUCCCAGUUCCUUCAGGCAGCUGAAGCAUAUGGAGUAAUCACCACAGACAUUUUUCAGACAGUGGACUUAUGGGAAGGAAAAGAUAUGGCUGCUGUCCAGAGAACUCUAAUGGCCCUGGGUAGCGUUGCUCUCACCAGAGACGAUGGGCAUUACCGAGGUAACCGAGACUGGUUUCACAGAAAGUCUCAAAGCAACCGGCGAGAGUUUUCUGAGGAGCAGUUGCGCCAUGGUCAGAAUCUGAUUGGCUUGCAGAUGGGCAGUAACCGUGGGGCAUCUCAAUCUGGCAUGACUGGUUAUGGCAUGCAUCGGCAGAUUAUGUAAAACGAUACUACUUCCCAAAACUUGCCUAAAACACCCAGAAGACCUUAAACCCCCCUAACCCCAGCCCAAACCGAGCAGUGCUCCUUCUCAGUCCUUGAUGGUGAAGUCUAUUUGAUGAAGAAGGGCAGUCUUAGUAACAUUGGAAACCGAAGUAUAGCGGUUAUAAGAAUGUUAUUUCAUCCCAUUUUAAAAUGAUAUAAGGUAUAAGCAUGCUAGAUAUAUCUAUUUUAUUUUUGGUUAACUUAACUUAUAAAAGGAUAAGUUUAUUUAUUUGUAAAUGUAUGCUAAUAGAGGUAGUAAUUCUUAUAAACAUAUCAAGCCAAUUAACUAAAGUCCAAACAACUGUCUUACUCUCGACGAGAAAACAGUAUGUUAAAAAAACAAAUAACGGACAGAAAACAAUUGCAACUUCUUACUACUUUACACAGUGUUUGAAUGUACAGUAAUGGCAAAAAGUUUUCAAACCUAAAAUAUUGCACUUUGCUGAUACUGUAUUGCACCUGUUGUUAUUGCUGGGUAACUGUGAUCAACUUUUAUGCUGUUUUUAUAGCAUAAAUAAAGGAUGGCAGUGCACAUACUAACAAAUGUACUGUAUGCAGAUUAAUACUGUAUGUCAUAUGUGUUUGUGUUGCCCAUAGUGUGUUUCUGUUGAGAAAUGAGUUUCUUCAUAAGCUUGGUGUUGUUUUGGUGUUCACGUAUGGUGGAAGUGUUUAA